AUGGAACUUAACCCAGUUGAUUCCAUUCUGUCGGAUCGCAUUCAAGCGAUUGUGGCUACUGAAAAAAAUAUUGACGAUAUGAUGAAAUGCGCACGAGAAAUCAUGCAGGAUCUUGGAAAGGAAAAACAAAUCAGCAAGAACAAAAUGGAUGACAAUGCAAAUUCGUUCAAAAAGCUAAUAACACAAGUGGAAAAUGAACUGAGUGCUCAAAUGCAGUACUUAUCUCAUGUUUGUGUGGGAUCGUCUCAUCAGGGUUCUACAUUCGGAGUUCUUCAAAAUUCACUUCUCGCUCAAUCUGGACUCUCUUCACUUCAUUCUGAACUCGCCCAGAUUCUCAAAAAUAUCGAACCACCGACGCAAGAAGUUGAUGAAGAUAACGAAGAUGAGGAAGACAGUGGAGAUGCUGACAUGCUAGAAGAAACUCCUGAAGAUGUCGUCGCUCCGCGAACCACGUCUUCAUCAGCCACAACUUCGGAUGGGGGAAGUGGCGGGGCGGAUGAUGCUGCCAGUAGCAGUGCGCCACGAAGUCAAGAGGAAAGAAGGUCUACAGAAGAGGAAGAAGGGGAACAAAUGGAAAAUUGA